AUGGAUAAGGAGGAAGAUAUUCUCAUGACUGACGAGACAACGGGAGGGAUUUCUAAGUUACCAGAUAACGAACAGUCCACGCAAAAGUAUAUCAGAAUUGCAGACGGGUCCCCAGCAGGAUGGAAGACGGUACAAGAAUACCAAUGUAAUGAUAUUGCCGACGACUCGGAUGACGAGAAAAAGAUUAGGAGCGCGGAGAAUAGGGCCCUCAGAAGCAACAGACAAAUUAAAAAGCCUCGUUUCCAACCUUAUGGCAAGCCCGUCCCUUCUGCUGCUGCUGGUUCCGCUGCUCAGCUUUCCGCACUCGCAUUGCAACAGGCAAACACAGUACAACAAGCCGGCACCAGCAAAUUUAUUCAGCAGCCCUUUCGCUUCAGUAGCAGGCGGACACCACAGCCCAGCGACGUCUGCUACAAGUGUUUCCAGACUGGGCAUUGGAAAACAGGAUGUCCCCUCAAUAUUCAAUUCACAAGCAGUGCAGGCUCAAAUACUAAGUCAAAUUGA